UGACUCCCAGAAAGAGGAUGUGUGUGUUUGAUGGAAUGUCUGUGGUAGACUCGGUAGACUCGGUAGACUCGGUAGACUCCAUUCAGUAUUGAACUGAAGGAGGAUUGGCACUUGAGAAGGGAGUGAUUCAGCAUGACGGCUUGGGUCUUGGGAGGGCGUGACCCCACCGAGGUCAAGCUCAGUGUUCAGCGACGUCUGGAGGUGGAGGAGGAGCGAUUGGCCACCUUAGAGGAGUCGCUAAAGGCUUCCAAGCACUUGACCUCGGGCAUGGAUUCCAUUCUGGCCUCCUUUGAAUCCAAGUUGUCCAAAUUGGAAGGGACCAUUUUGCCCGUUUAUCAGGAGACCGAGAACCUCCAGCGACGUCAGGAGAACAUUGACAUGACUCUCUCGGCCCUGGAUCACGUGAUUGCCUUCUACAAGGUGGCGGAUGAGGUGGAAAAGACGGUGGAGUCGGGUCCGACAUUGGGCGAGGCGGGCUCUUUGGAGCAUUACUUGCAUACGAUGUCCAGAUUGAAAGGUGCUUUAGAUUACUUUGAGCGACACAAUCCCCAGAGCAUCGAGUUGGAGAACGUCAAGACGCGCUAUGAAAAGGGUGGAGAGGCGUUAUCGCGGGAGUUCCGCGAUUUGGUCGAGCGGCAUUCCAAAGCCAUUCCGCCGCCUCAGCUAUUGGAUGCCAUUGUUUUGGAAGACGACCAGUCCGUGGAUUCGAAUCGUGACGAUUUUGCCUCCUUGCACCCGUUUCCUGAGGAUGUGCAAACGAAUUUGAUUCAAAUCGCCGAGUGGCUCAAUCUCAAUGAUCAUGAUCACUUUCUCCAUGUGUAUGGGGUGGAACGUGGGAAGGUCGUGAUGCAGAGUUUGGAUCAGCUCAAGCAUCAUCGGAAAUCUAUGAGCGGUGGGAGUGUGCGUCAACUGAAAGUCAGUCCAUCCUUGCCGAGGAAGUUCUCCAGCCCCAUGGUCAUGGAGAGUGGCAGUGGCACGCCCACGGGCAAGAAGGUGUCGAGGAUCCAGUCGUCAUUAAACCGCAAGUUUAGUAGCCUCAGCCAUCGCAUGGAGGCGGCCACGGGAUUGACUGUGGGGCGACGGUCGUUGGGAGGAGCCAUUCAAGAAGAUGCGGCUGGGGAAUGGGAGGUGGACACUUUCUGUCUUUGCGUCACAGCCUUGCAAAGACUGAUGAAGAGCGAGCAAGUUUUGAUGGUGGGGAUAAUUCCUCCUCAUUUUCAGAAGCCCGUUUUUGAACGGAUCGUCAAGGAAAGUAUGGCUUCCGUCAUCACGGAUGGAGAGGCUAUCAUCGGCCGAGUCAAGAGUGCCGUAUCCAAUAAUGACUUUCUGGCUAUCAUGUCGUUGUUCUAUAUUAUUCGCAAUCUAAUGUCACUCAAGCCUCAGAUGGAUCGAACUUUAGAUGGUUCGGAUGUGGGGAUUCGCUCCAAAUACAAUAGUCUCAUCAACCAAUUCUUUGGUACCGGGUCCAUGGCCUUAGAUGGAUUUGUGGAUGGGAUUCGAUCCGAUGCCACGACCAAAGAGAAGAUGCCCCGAGAUGGAACUGUGUUCCAAUUAACUUCAAACGUGAUUCUCUUCUUGGAACAAUUACUCGACUACGUGGAAACGAUUUCUGCCAUCCUGACUCAAGACACUUCGUACAAUCAAACGUUACUUCGUUGCCCCCGGAAGAUCUCGGUCAAUGAUCGCAGUCAUGCCCUCGUUGGCAUUUACAUUAGGAAGGUCCUGAUCCAACUGAACCUGACCUUGGUGAAUAAGAGUGAAACUUAUCCGGAUGCCUUUCUGAAAGCCAUCUUCCGCUUGAACAACAAUGAGUACAUCUUGAAAUCGUUGCAAAAGUGUGGUCUGUUGGAUGUGGUUCAGUUGGCUGAGCCGGAAUGUGAGGAGAACUACAAUGCCAUGAUCCUUGAGCAAAAGCGAUUAUACUCCCAAAGUUGGGGUCGGGUUUUGAACUACAUUUGGUCUCCUGACGAUAUUCCCACGGCUAUUCUCAUGGCGCCUGGACGUUUGUCGGACAAGUAUUGUCGCAUUAUCAAGGAGAAGUUUGCCGGGUUUAAUAAGGAGAUCGAGGAUAUUGCCACCACUCAAAGGAGUUAUUCCGUUCCUGACGUAGAACUGCGAGAAAGUCUCAAGAGAGACAACAAAGAAUAUAUUCUCCCCAAAUACAACAGCUUCUAUGAGAAGUAUGUCAACGUGGCAUUUACUAAGCACCCCGAAAAAUACGUCAAAUAUACUCCGGCCCAAGUUUCGGCGUUGAUUGAUUGCUUUUUCGACGCUGCGGCUUAAAACGCGAUGAUUGUUUGUUAUGAAAAUGAUUACAAAAUGCUUUAUUUUCCAACUCAUCUAUUCAAUAAUGUAUUUUUAAUCAAACGGAAUUCAAAUGAGAAAGGAUAUGCCAAUGCAAAAUACAUGUUUUGUUACAAAUAUUGAA